AUGGCUCAGGUCCUUGCCGACGCCGAUGGCGGUCAACCGUCGUCAUCCAACUUGCCGCCGUCCAGUGUGGCCAUCAAGCACUCGGUCGAUCCUGUGACUCGGAUUCAUCACUCGCACGGCCACACCUGCCGCGAGGUGUGGCAGUUGCGAAAGGGUCAGCUGCCACGGGUGGCCGAUGCUGUCGUCUGGCCGCUCACCGAGGACGCGGUGGCGGAUGUGGUGGCGGCGGCGGCAGCGGCGGAUGUGGUGCUCAUGCCCUACGGCGGUGGCACGUCGGUGACCAAUGCGCUCACGCUUCCGGAGCGCGACGCUGAGCCGCGACCGAUUGUGGUUGUCUCGAUGGCCAAGCUCAACGCGGUGCUGGACGUCGAUACCGUCAACAUGACUGCCACCAUCCAGGCCGGCGCCGUCGGCGCGGUGCUCGGCAAGGAACUGGCCGACGGGUGGGGUGUGACCAUGGGCCACGAGCCGGACUCGUACGAGUUUUCCACUCUCGGCGGAUGGAUCGCCACCCGGGCCUCGGGCAUGCAGAAGAAUGUGUAUGGCAACAUCGAGGACAUCGUCAUCUCCGUCACCCUCGUCACCCCGACCGGAACUGUCGUCAAGGACGCCGUCGUCCCACGUAUCUCGGCCGGUCCUGACAUCCAUCACCUUGUUCUCGGCUCGGAAGGCACCCUCGGCAUCAUCACGUCGGCCAUUGUCAAGGUCCGCCCGCUCCCGGCUGUCCGCAAGUACGGUGCCCUCAUCUUCCCCGACUUUGACGCCGGCGUUGCCGCCAUGUACGACAUUGCCCAGGCCCACGCUGCUCCGGCCUCCAUCCGCCUGGUCGACAACAACCAGUUCCAGAUGGGCCAGGCGCUCAAGCCGCCGACCUCGUGGUUUGCUUCGGCCAUUGCCGCCGCCAAGAAGUUCUACGUCCUCUCCAUCAAGGGCUUUGAGGCAGACACCAUGGUCGCUGCCACGCUGCUCUUCCUCGGCAACUCGGAUGCCGACAUUGCGGCCCAAGAGGCUGCGCUGUAUCCGAUCGCCGCCCGCCACGGCGGCAUGCCGGCCGACGAGGAGAACGGCCGCCGUGGUUACGCGCUCACUUUCAUGAUUGCCUACAUCCGCGACCUGGCCUUCCAAUACUGCUUCCUCGCCGAGUCGUUCGAGACCUCGGUCCCCUGGUCCGGCGUCCGCCACCUCUGCACCUCGGUCAAAGCCGCCAUUGUCGACGCAGCUGCAGCCCGGAGUAUUCCGCGCGAGCCGUUUGUCACCUGCCGAGUGACGCAGACGUACGACACAGGCGCGUGCUUUGACGAGAUCGAGCACAUCGCCCGCGUCGCCAUCCUUGACGCUGGCGGCUCAAUCUCUCAUCACCAUGGCAUCGGCAAACAUCGGGCCAGCUUUAUGCCGCAUGUCCAGUCGCCGGCCGCCAACGCAGCGCUUCGCGCCGUCAAGCGCGAACUCGACCCGACCAAUGUGUUUGCCUCGGGCAACGUCCUGCCAGCCAAGCUGUAA